CAAGGCUAGACACAUACGUCAAGAUGGCGGCCUCCACAAAGAUGGUGUCACGUUCUUGUCUGCUCUUUGCAUUUGUGGUAUUCUGUAGCUAUUUAUUUACUAAUUUUGAAUUUGUUCAUGGCCAUUCUCACGACGAUCACCACGGUCAUAGUCACGACAAACCAGCACAUUUUAAGUACUCGAAAGAAGCAAAUGCUGACAGUGACCACGGACACGGUGACGAUCACGUACACGAUCACGUACACGAUCACGGACACGAUCACGAUCAUGGACAUUCACAUGAUCACGGGGACGAUCACGGACAUUCACAUGAUCACGGGGACGAUCACGGACAUUCACAUGAUCACGGGGACGAUCACGGACACUCACACGAUCACGGACACUCACACGAUCACGGUCACUCACAUGAUCACGGACAUUCGCAUGGUGGAGAACCCUCACACACAAUACAAGCAGAAUAUGAUGCAUGGGAAAGUGCCAGACCCAAACCUUCAAAGCCCAGAACAUCCGCCGGUUUAUCUUUAUGGCUGCAGGCGCUAGGUGCCACAGCGAUUAUUAGUGUUUCACCGAUUGUCAUUCUUUUAUUUAUCCCUAUUGAAGACAGCACAGAUCAUCAAAGUCUGUUAAAGGUUUUACUCAGUUUUGCAUCAGGGGGAUUGCUGGGUGAUGCCUUUCUCCAUUUGAUUCCUCAUGCAGUCUCACCCCACAGUCAUGGGGAAGAUGGUCAUGGACAUAGUCAUGGUGACAGUCAUGGACACUCACAUGAACAUGGCGGACAUGACAUGUCAGUUGGGUUAUGGGUUCUUGCUGGAAUACUUGCGUUUCUGAUAGUUGAGAAAUUUGUCAGAUACGUUAAAGGUGGUGAUGCUCAUGGCCAUAGUCAUUCGCAUGUUAAAAAACCAGUAAAGAAGACGGAAGAUAAACCUGGCAAAAAGAAAGAGAAAUUAAGCGAUGAUGAGGAUUCCAAAGAAAAGCCAACAAAAGAAAAAGAUGAAGAGAAAACUUCCCCAAAAUUGCCAAAAGAUAAAGAAAUAACCGGUGAGAAAAAAGAAGCCAAAGAUGAACAGAAGGAAACCGAUGUAGCUGUUCAAGAACCUGACAUUAAAGUGGCUGGAUAUCUCAAUCUGGCAGCUGACUUCGCACACAACUUCACAGAUGGACUGGCCAUUGGUGCUUCAUUCCUUGCUGGCCAGAAUGUUGGGAUCAUCACCACGAUCACAAUAUUCCUGCAUGAGAUUCCUCACGAGAUCGGAGACUUUGCUAUUCUUGUGCAGUCUGGUUGCACAAAGCGCAAGGCCAUGAUGCUACAGUUCUCCACGGCCAUCGGUGCUAUGCUUGGUACGUUCUGCAGUCUGGCUGCUCAAGGUAUUGGUGACGCAGCCAUAGCCUGGAUCCUUCCAUUCACUGCCGGGGGUUUCAUAUACAUCGCCACGGUUUCUGUCAUACCCGAACUGCUCAAGGAUACCAACCUUGUACAGUCAAUUAAAGAAAUAGGUGCUUUGUUUGUUGGUGUAUACAUGAUGGUGCUAAUAGCAGCUUAUGAGUAAAUGAUGUUAAGUAUUGUUGAAAUUGAAAAAACCCAAAACAAAAUGGUUUAUUCCACCUUUUAAAAAGAACUGAUUUAUUCCAUUGUGGUAUCAUAUUAAACAUUUGUUGACAAUUGUUGCUAACUGUUAUGGAAUCUCCAAAUUACUUAUUUGCAUUAUUGACAGUAUGCUGUUUAGUUAUUUUUAGUGACAAAAAUCCCAUAAAUAUUUGUUUCAAACUAUCAGCUUGGAUAUCAUUUUCAUUUUUGAAGUAUAUGUGCUUAAAUAAAGUUAUUGUUUUUU